GCCCACUGUCGCAAAGUGAAAAUGUUUACACGAGGCUGUUUACGGCAGUCAAACGAUGCUACGGCUUUGUGGUCAACUUGAGUUAAAUGUCUCUUUUUCAGGCUGACAUUUUGUAAGCGUGCUGAAGGAUGGAUCCCGUUGUGCUGAGCUACCAGGACAGCUUGCUUCGGCGCUCCGACGUGUCCUUACUGGAGGGACCCCACUGGCUCAAUGACCAAAUUAUCGGCUUUGCCUUUGAGUACUUUGCCAGCGAGCGCUUUCGAAUCCUGGGGGAGAGCGUCGUCUUCAUCAGCCCGGAGGUCACCCAGUUUAUCAAGUGCGCUUCCAGCCAGGAGGAGUCAGCCGUGUUCCUUCAGCCUCUGGAUCUGGCCUCCCGUCGCUGGGUCUUCCUGGCUGUGAAUAACAACUGCAACCAGACUGCUGGGGGGACUCACUGGAGCCUGCUGGUGUAUCACCAGAGCUCCAACCAAUUUUCUCACUAUGACUCUCAAGAUCGCUGCAACUCCGCUCACGCGCGGCGCAUUGCCAGCAAGCUGGAAACCAUGUUAGGCGCGGGAAGAAAAGCUCCGUUCGUGGAGGAGCCCAGCCCGACGCAACAGAACUGCUACGACUGCGGCAUGUACGUCAUCUGUAUUGCCGAGGUUUUGUGUGAGAAGGCCCAGCUGGAGGGCUCCGCACACCUGCCCGUGCAGACCCUCACCCCAGCCUUGAUCACCCAGAAGAGGGCGGAAUGGUGCCUGUUGAUCCAGAGUCUCGCGCAGAGCGACCUACGUUGCACUUAAGCCAUCCAAACACUUCCAAAGUAUAAUAAAACUAUUUCAAUUA